AUGGGUUCACUGCGGCUUCGUUACCCGCUGUGGAUGCGCGUUCCCCGGUGCCCGGGACGCCUGGGCUUUGCGGCUGGCCGCUGGAAGACACGAGACAGCGAGGAGUACGAGGCCGAGGGGCAGCUGCGCUUCUGGAACCCAGAUGACCUGAACGCCUCCCCCGGAGCAUCGCUGCCCACCCCGGACUGGAUAGAGGAGAAACUGCAGGAGGUCUGCGAGCACCUCGGCAUCACCAGGGACGGCCACCUGAACCGGAAAAAGCUCAUCUCCAUUUGUGAGCAGUAUGGGCUCCAAAUGGUGGCCGGGGAGGUGCUUGAAGAGGUGCUCCAUAACCUGGAGCAAGAUGGCACCAUGAGCAUCGAGGACUUCUUCUACGGCUUGUUUAAAAACGGCAAGUCGCUGACACCCUCGGCGUCUACUCCAUACAGACAGCUGAAACGACACCUCUCCAUGCAGUCCUUCGAUGAAAGCGGGAGACGCACGACCACCCCCUCGGCCAUGCCCAGCACCGUCGGCUUCUGCCUCUUCUCCAGCCUGGACGACGGGAUGGGCUACGGCUGCGUGGAGGGCAUCCUCGACUGCUGGCACCAGGAGGGCAUAGAGAACAGCCAGGAGAUCCUAAAGGCUUUGGAUUUCAGCUUGGAUGGGAAGGUGAACUUGACAGAGCUGACGCUGGCGCUAGAAAACGAGCUUUUAAUAACCAAGAACGGAGUCCACCAGGCAGCCCUGGCAAGCUUCAAAACGGAGAUCAGGCAUUUGCUGGAGAGGGUUGACCAAGCGGCCAGAGAGAAAGAGAAGCUGCGGUCAGACUUGGAAAAAGCCGAAAAGCUGAAAUCGCUGAUGGCCUCCGAAGUGGACGACCACCACGCCGCAAUUGAGCGCCGGAACGAGUACAACCUCAGGAAGCUGGAUGAGGAGUACAAGGAACGCAUCGCAGCUCUAAAGAACGAGCUCCGGAGAGAGCGGGAGCAAAUCCUGCAGCAGGCUAAUAAACAGCGGCUGGAGCUGGAGCAAGAGAUAGAAAAGCUGAAAACCGAUGAGAAUUACAUCCGGGACCGCCUGGCCCUUUCCCUGAAGGAAAACAGCCGCCUGGAAAGCGAGCUAUUGGAAACGGGAGAAAAACUGGCCGAGUAUGAAAGUUUGGCAAGCAAACUGCAGAGGAACUUGGAAAACGUCCUGGCUGAGAAGUUCGGUGACCUGGAUCCCAGCAGUGCGGAGUUUUUCCUGCAGGAGGAGAGACUGGCGCAGAUGAGAAGCGAGUACGAGCGGCAGUGCAGAGAGCUGCAAGACCAGAUAGAUGAGCUGCACUCGGAGCUGGAGGAGUACCGUGCCCAAGGCAAAGUGCUCAGGCCCUCGCUGAAAAAUUCACUGUCGGAAGAGUUCGACAUUGAUAUGAAAAGUCAUGGCAAUAGCGGUAUUGAGCCUGACCAAGGACUUGGUUCAGAAGACUGCAACCCAUUAAAUAUGAGCAUAGAGGCAGAAAUGGCUAUUGAACAAAUGAAGGAGCAACAUCACAGGGAUCUGCAUCACCUCAAACAGGAGCUUGAAGACACAGUGAGCCAUUAUGAAAAGCAGCUAGGUGAGACAAAAAUCCACUGUGAAAAGGAGCAAGAGGAUAUGAGGAAGAAGUAUACGGAAGAGAUGCAUGUCAUGGAAAAGCAAAUAACUGGCCUUAAAAAUCAAAUUGCAGAGCUGCAAGGAGAGGCAGCACUGCUCAGAGAACAGCAAGAAAAGCUUGACUGUAAACAUAAUGAAGAGAAAAACAAAUUAAAAAUGAGUUUCGAUGAGGAAAAAGCCAAUUUGCAAGAGCUUUUGAGGCAGGAGCACGAAGAAGACGUUAGAGCCAGACUGGAGCAGGUAAACAAGAAGUUUAGUCAAGAACGGGAAGAACUGAUUCAAAAUGGUGUCUGGGUGGAAGAAAAGAUGAGAGUUUUAGUGCGGACGCUGCAGGAAGAGAAGGGAGAGCUGGAAUGUGGCUUUCAUGAGCAGCUAAAAAGGAUGGCAGAGGCGCAUGCCCUGGAGAAGGAAGAGCUCCAGCAAGAGCUGCUGAGGAAGCACGAGCAGGACCUGGAGGAGGAAAGGAAAAAAAUGGAAAGUGACUAUAACAGAAGAGCAUCUCAUGCAGAAAGUCAGUUUUCGGUCGAAACACAAACACUUGUGAAUAAAUACGAAGAAAUGAUCCACAAUCUGGAAGGGCGGUACCAGCGAGAGUUGCAUGAACUUGCCGAACAGCAGAGAGAGGAGAAAUCGCAGUGGGAGUUUGAAAAGGAUGAAAUUGCUCAGGAGGUUGCCGAAGCGCGUGAGCAACUGAAGGAAAGUCUGGCAAAUGAAAAGGCUGUUUCUUCUGCCCUGACCCAGGAGAAAGAUCUCCUGGAGAAGAACUUCAAAGAAGAAGUGAACAAGCUUGUGUGCGAGAGAGAGCAGCUUCAGAAGGAGCUGCGAGACCUGAGGAACGCCGCUGAGAAGCAAGAGAAAAAGCUGAAUGAUAAAAUAACACAACUCCAAAAUGACCACGAGAAAGAGCUGAAGAACAGAGAAGAGCAUAUAUCCAUGGUGGAGGAAAAUGGGAAGCUGGUUAGGCAAAAGCUGGAGAGGCUUGACAGUGAAUAUAAGCAAGAGAAAGAGCAACUCAAUUCCAAACUUCUUGCUUUGGAAAGUUUGAACAAAGACAUUUGUGUAAAAGCAGAAACAGAAAAGGCCGAGAUGAGUUUGGAAAUCACAAACCUUCAAGGGAAAAUACAGAAAUUGCAGUGGGAGGCACAUAGUUUUUCUGCACUACAAAGUCAUUAUAGGGUCCUGGAAAAAGAGUAUGCAAAAGCAAAGAGCAAAAUUGCUUCUUUCGCUGGUGUGGCACCUCUGGGAGACGAUGCAGAUGUCCUCUUAAAUCUGCAGAAAGUGCACGAGCAAGCUGUGAAGGAAAAUGUCAGGAUGGCUGCUGAGAUAGUCAGGCUGCAGCACAGGUUGCAAGCUGCGGAGCGGGAGCCCGCGCGACCUCCCGGUCCUGGCUGCUCCGACUCCGGCUCAGAACGAUCUCAGCUGCCGGAUGAAAUAGAUUCCAUUUUUGAAGGGUUGCCCAGCGAUUGUCAAGAUGCAGACAAGGGAACAGAUUCGAAUGCCCUUCCGCUUUUGGAGGCUGAUACUACAGACCUGGAAGAAAUGACUGAGAGUGAUUCCGGUUUGGAGGAAGCAUGUGUUAAAGCCCGAGCAGGCGGCCAUGCGCUCCAGGCGCAGGUGUGUCGGAUGCAAGGCAGGAAAGCAGCACUGGAAGCUGAUGGCAGUCGGGAUUGUGCCAAGAAUCAAGAGCUGCUCUCUCGGGUGCCUCUGCUGCAAAAAAAGAAAGAUCUCGAGAAAACUCUCGAGAGAGUUCCCGGACCAAAAAUGCUACACAAUGACGUUAAACAGCAGAAAGUUCAUCUGCUAAACAACCGAAUAGCUCCCAAAAAUAAAGGGUUUGUUUCUGAUGCUCUGAAGCUGCAGGCUGAGCUUGAGAAGGCUGAAGAACUGAGCGAAGCCUCUCUCCAGCUUGAUCAUGCUCCUGGGUCAACAAAUGGUGACCUGAAAAGCGUCAUAGCUCAGCUUUGGAAAAGGGUCAAAGAGUUAGAAGACAGAUCAAUGGCACAGGGUAAACUUCUGUCAGUGCAAGAAGAAAUUCAGGCAGAAAAUGAGGAUCUGAAAUCUGAAAUGAUAGAGUUAGUUGAAAAAAACAAAGCGCUAGAAGACAACCUGCAUCAGCUGAGAAGCCUUCAUUGCAAAUUAGAAGAAAGUGAACUGGAGAGUAUUAAGCUCAGAGAGGAAAACACACAGCUCCUCCAAAAAGUUAAAGAAUUGGAAGAUGUCCGAGAACGAGAUGCACAAGGAAACGCAGAUGCACCCAGUGACAAGUUAAGACUGCGAUGCCAGCUUGGGAAGCUGGAAGAACGUGCCGCCGCGGUUACAGGUCAGCAAGACGAGCAUGCCCAAAGCGACGGCAUGGUGAAAGAAAUGUCGGCAGAAAAGAGGGAGCUGCAAGAGCCCAACAGAAAGCUGAGGGAGAAAGCCGCUGCUCUGGUUAACCCAAACGACCCGCGUUUCCACGAAGAGAGAGGGGAGAGGAAUACAGCGACGCGCGGCUUACAAAGCACGUGCGCAGAGCUGCAGCAAAAAGUUGAUCUUCUGAGAUGUGAAGCCGAGAAGCUCAGAGAAGAAAAUGCUAUUCUAAAAAAUGAAGUGACGUUAUUAAAUGAGGAAGGUAGUGCUUCCAGCCUGAAGCUGAGGGAGCUAAAUGGAUCCCGAGAAGAAAUGUG